AAAAAAUAGAAAGUGUUAGCAUUAGGAUGGAAAUGGUGAUAGAAUUAUGGAGAGAAGAUGGUUAAUAAUUACGUAUCCGACACGACCAGCGAAAAGGGACGUUGCAUGGUAUGAAAAGUCCUGUAACACUGCACCCACAUGCGCUGUCUCCCCUUCACCCAAUCUAACACUCUUCACGUUUUCUCAAUCUUCAUCUUCAGCUACCGUCCAAAUAACCUUAUCUAUAUAUAACAUGCUUCAAACACUCCAACAACAUCAAGCAUCAAGUUAUUACAUUGUUAACAACCAACAAACACUUGUAAACAUGGCCAAGCUCAGUGUAAGAAGCAGCAAGAGAAUUGUCAAGUUCAAAUUCGUGGAGAAGCUCCAGAAGAGACUCUUACCAGGGAGAAGCAAAGAAGCUUCUGUUUCAAACUCAACUUAUGUUCCAGAGGACGUGAAGGAAGGACACUUCGCUGUGAUUGCUGAGGGUGGAGAAGAACACAAGAGGUUUGUGCUGCCACUCACUUGUUUAUCCAACCCUAAGUUUUUGAAGCUGUUGGAGCAAGCAGAAGAAGAGUAUGGCUUUGAUCAUGAAGGUGCUGUCACCAUUCCUUGCAGGCCCAGUGAUCUUGAGAGGAUACUGGCUCACCAAUGGCAUCAUCAACCAACUCAAACUUCUUCUCCUUACAGAAAAUCCAUCGUUUUUUAACCAAAUUUUAUCAUUCUAAAAUGAAGCUGGAAUCUUUGGUUAACUUUCUUUCCUGCACCUCUGGUCAAAUUCAUUUGACUGUCUAAUUAAUUCUUCCAUCAAGAGCUAAUAAUAAAAUCUUCCGGCUCCAGAUUACUCGCA